CAAGGGCUUUAAAAACAUCCACAUUGUUCCGUCCAUCAGUAACAUCUGGUUAUCAAACCGGGGUACUGUGGCUACAUUCUCCUGUUUUUCGGCACAUUGUUUAUUCUCCUCCAUCUCCGGGGAGGACAGAAAUCAAAGUUUAUAGUUUUUUUCUUGCGUGAACUCAAAACGCGAACAUGCCCAGCAAGAGGAAGAAGAACAAGCGCCGCAUGAGAAGGGUGCAGGCCCAGAGGAGAGUCCUUGAGGAGCAGCAUUCUACUGGCGCAGGCAAAGGAACCCCAGGAGUGGCUGCCGUGGCACCCCCCCUUGAAAUAUUAAAUUGUCCCCCCCUUCUCUCACCCCCUCCAGUAGUAAAGGUCCCAGUCGUAAAGCCCCCUGAAAUAUCCAAUUGUCACCCCCUUAUUCCCCCCACUAUAGUAGUAAAGGUCCCAUUCGUACAGCCACCGGCCCCAGUCAAAGUACCAGAGCCUGAGGCUGUGGUGACGGUGGUAGAGCCUGAAUUGGUAGCAGCUGAGGUUGAAGUUGAGGCCCCAGUCGAAGCUCCAGUGGAGGUUGAAGUCGAGGCCCCAGAAGAAGUUCCAGAAGAAGUCCCAGUCGAGGCCCCAGAAGAAGUCCCAGUCGAGGCCCCAGUCGAGGCCCCAGAAGAAGUCCCAGUCGAGGCCCCAGAAGAAGUCCCAGUCGAGGCCCCAGAAGAAGUCCCAGUCGAGGCCCCAGAAGAAGUCCCAGUCGAGGCUCCAGAAGAAGUCCCAGUCGAGGCCCCAGUCGUAGAAGCAGAAGCUCCUGUUGAGCCCCCUACAGAAGAAACUGCAGCAGGGCAGGAAGUUGAAGAAAGCAUCAUUCCAGAGACUGAGCCAGUAACUGAGGCCAUACCCAUUCCUGAGGCCCCUGUGUCAGCUCUUGCUGAAUUUAAGGUUCAGGUCGCAAACUCCGUAGCCAUUACCACAGAGAUCGCACAGACUCAUGAUGAGCCGGGGCUUGAGGCUGAAGUGGAGGCUGAAAUAGUUGACGAGGUCCAAGCGAAAGUAGAGGCAGUAGUUGAGGAAGAACCAGAGCCCGAUCCCAUGGUCAAGGCCGAAGCUGCCCCAGUAGAAGCUGAACUUGAACUGUCGGGAAUCAAAGACGGAGACAGUCCUAUCGUCAAAGCUGAAGCCAUUCCUGAAGAUAUUGAUGUAGAAGAGCAUGAGACUGUUAUGACAGAGGCACCUGAAGAGGUUCCAGUGGAGACAGAAAUUAUCCCAGAAAAGCUAUGGAAGCCCGUGGAAGCACCGAUUGAAGAAGCCCCCUUAGCCAAGAUCGCAGCAGAGAUCGCAGCAGAGCUCUUCGUAGAGGCCUCAGUAGACCCUGUCAUCAACACAAUGGCUGACUUUGCCAUCACAGAAUCUGUUCCCGUUGUAGAAGCAGCCAUGGCUGAGCAGGUGCCCGCAGUCUCAACGGAUUCACUUGACGCCCUACCGGAGUUGUUGAACGACGUCACUCUAGUCACUGAGCCCGCCCCUGUCACAGCUGAUAAAGUCAUUGACGAGCCAGAGUGUGAGGAGAAAGACGUGACAGAGAUGAGGGUGAGAGACAAUGUACUUCCACCCAAUUACCGGCCCUGCUCAGAGGACCUGCUGGCUAAAGAGGAAAUUGGAGCCCAGAUGGAAAUCGAGGCUAAAAAGGAUGCCAUAGAUGAGAAGACGGUCCUUGACGUCAUCUCUGGAGAUUUAUCCACCCCCCACCCUGUUAUCUCAGAACUGCAGUGUCACACACAGCUCGCCGCCCCCAAGGAUAUCCCAACAGAGGCAGUGCUGAAUGGACAGAUGGCAGCUGAGGUGGCCAUUGAGGGAUAGAUCUCUAUGGAUGUCCUCAGUCAGUAUGAAAGACUAAAGAGAGCCUGACAGUGAGCCGACCAGCGAACUUUACUUUUCAUUUUUUAGGGCUUAAAGGGACCGCUGGGAAAUUUGACAGACAUCCAACACUCAGUGCCUUUCUUGCUUGGGUUCUUACAAAAAAAAUAUUAAACAAGUUUAAAAUGCGAUAUGAAGGUGGGGGAAUAAGACUUUUUUGUUGUUGAUCAGAAUGUGACAAUUUGGAAUAAACAAAUCAUGGCUUUCAUAGAUUUCUGUAUCCCAUUGCAUAUAUUGUGGAUUUGCCUCAAUUGUAAAUGGCAUGCAUUGUGUAUGAAUACUGUAGAAUUAAUGAAUGUGGCAAUGGCUUGUCUUCACAUGUUUGUAUGGAUGAGAGGGAUUAAUUCCUUGUACACGUUUCCUGUUUUAACCUGGUUUGAUUCCUUUUUGUGAAGGGACAGUAUGGCAGUUUGUACAGUACCAUAGCUACCCCCUCUUCUCCCUAUCCCCAUUGUGGUACUUUUGUCUUUUCAGGGACUGUAUGAUGACAGCUCCACCCUCUUUACUGUGUAGUGUCAGUGUGUCUACAGUCCCAAGUCUGUCCUGGGCAAUGUGAAAUGGUGUGUAGUUUUAGGUCCUCUGACCAGAUGCUCUUAACAUUUAAUGACCUAUGCUGCCAACUUAAAAUAGAGUACGGGGGCCUGUAGAUCCUGUUUUUAGUUUUUCUUUUUCUGUUUUGUAUAGACCAUAUGAUGUGGUACAACCGCUGUUUGUGUUCAGUUACGUGCUCUGGAAGAGACCAUGGAGUUGUCAUGUAAUUGAGGAGCUGGGUUGGAUUUCAUUCACCUUUUUGAAUAAAGAUGUUACUCACCAAG